GUACGGUGCGGUGCACGCUUUCUCCGUUCCUCAUCCUCUUCCUCAUCCUCCUCCUUCUCCGCAUCUCAUUAUCCUCCAGAGCGUCUCUAGGUGAUUUAGCGCCGCCAGUCUGGAGCAGGUGUUCAACAUGGCGAGCUUGGCGAGCGGAUCUCUCUCUCUCACACUCUUCACCUGCCUCGUUUUAACAGCUUUUCUGCGUGAAGGAGCUACCCAGAUAAUAACAGCACAGGGUCAGAACCUGGUGACGGCGAACGUGUCGGUGAUCGAGGGUGAAACUGCUACCAUCAGCUGCCGGGUGAAAAACAACGACGACUCGGUCAUCCAGCUCCUCAACCCUAACAGACAGACCAUUUACUUCCGAGACGUCAGACCUCUUAAGGACAGCCGUUUUCAGCUGGUUAACUUCUCGGACAACGAGCUGCGUGUGUCGCUGUCCAACGUGACGCUCUUGGACGAGGGAAGGUACGUGUGCCAGCUCUACACGGACCCCCCGCAGGAAGCCUACGCCGACAUCACCGUCCUGGUUCCACCAGGCAACCUAAUCAUCGAGUCACGUGAGGAUGUGGUGAGCGAAGGGAACGAGACGGAGAUAACCUGCACGGCCAUGGGCAGCAAGCCCGCCUCCAGCAUCGUGUGGAUGAAAGGAGAUCAGAUCCUACAAGGUGAGGAAACAGCGGAGGAGACGUACGACAGGAUGUUCACCGUCACUAGCCGGCUCAGGCUCACAGUCUCCAAGGAGGACGAUGGAGUGGCCGUCAUCUGCAUCAUUGACCAUCCAGCUGUGAAGGACUUCCAAGCCCAGAAAUACCUGGAAGUGCAGUAUAAACCAGAGGUUAAGAUUGUGGUGGAGUUUCCAGAGGGCCUAACAAGAGAAGGGGAAAACCUCGAGCUGAGCUGCAUGGCAAAAGGCAAACCUCAGCCUCAUCAAAUUAACUGGUUCAAAGUAGAUGAUGACGUUCCCUCCCACGCCGUGAUUACCGGCUCUGAUCUCCUCAUCGAGAACCUCAACAAGUCCUACAAUGGGACUUACCGCUGCGUGGCGUCCAACCUAGUCGGAGAAUCGUACGACGACUACAUCCUCUACGUCUACGAUGUUCUCGCCACAACCCCCUCACCCACUACUACAAUCAUCCACCCUGAUGCUUCCCAAGAUUCGAGAGCAGAUGCAGCUGCACAGAAAAUCGACCACGCCGUCAUCGGUGGAGUCGUCGCCGUGGUCGUCUUCGCCAUGCUCUGUCUGCUCAUCGUUUUGGGACGCUACUUUGCCAGACAUAAAGGUACCUACUUUACCCACGAAGCCAAAGGAGCAGACGACGCAGCAGACGCCGACACAGCCAUCAUCAAUGCUGAGGGAGGACAAACUAACACGGAUGACAAAAAGGAAUAUUAUAUCUAACUCUGACUCUGCGUCUCUCCCUGCUGGACUAGAAGUGAGAGUUCUGUCGGGGUUUUGGAAGGAAGGGGGAGGGAACAAAGGGGGUGGGGUUUUUGUGGGGCUUUACAGUUUAUGGUUAUCAGACUGCAUUUAGACAACCAAGAGGAGAGGAGAAGAGAGGAAAGGAAAGGAGAGGAGAGGAAAGAGGAGCAAACGCUGCCAUCAAGACUGAAGAGGUGUAGGAUGGAGGGCUCACCUUUUCGAAACAAGCUUCACUAUCCGACACCUCCCAGCGCGUCUCCCACCGGUGCCACUUCUGUUCAGUUUUUUUCAACAUUCGUGGAAAAAAAAAGAAAAUAUAUAUAUAUAUAUAUAUUCGUGCCUUGUUCUAUUUAUUUCAAAAGCACCUACUUCUUGUUCCUGCACCCACGACUUGCUGGCUUACUGCUGGCUCUCUUAGCAGGCCCAAUCAGACCACGCUUCUCCGACGCCCGCACACCAAAACACACACUCCGGCGCUCACGCUGUUCCGCCGGCCAAGCAGAACAAACGCUAAUACAAAUGACGCCAUUCAGCCUCACAAGAACUGUUUACAUCUUUUUAAUGGGUCGGUUCCAAGUGAUUUAUUAGUUAUUCUUUUUCUUCAUCCCAACCCCCCCAAACAAACACCCCCCCCCCCCCAAGUCGCACCCUCCUUCCCCCCACAGAUAUUAGGUUUUUAAGGUGGGUGACAUUGUUGUGACAAACCUGAGCUGAAAUCUGUUGCAGCUCUUAUUUUUGUGCUCUUGCAUUAUUUAAUAGCUCUUCUGUAUGUGCAAAUAACUUGCUCGUGCUAGUAUUCAUUCAUUUCCAUCCCGUGUCGUAAAACAAAACAAAACAAAACAAAAAAAAAUGGCCAGCGAGUGGUUUAAUAAUAAUUACAAUCACGCAUUAAAAAUGAAUGCCAAAGCUAAUAGUGAACUAGCCAUGGAUUGGAUGUGUAGCCCUUAUAUCAAAGGAAAGACAUGCAGAGGUGCCAAUAAUGCAAAAUAAACAUCCUAGAAAACAAAAAAUUGACCACAAACUCUCCAAACUACUGUUUGUGUAAACCAAGGCAGGUUUUUUUUUCUUUAGAUGUGUGCCAAGUGAUAGUGAGAAAACAAGGCUUUCUGUUGUGCAACAGAAGAAAAGCUUUCACGUGCCGCCUGGAGAACUGGAGUUACAAUCCCGACUCCAGAGGGAGAGAGAGAGAGAGAGAGAGAGAGAGAGAGAGAGAGAGAGAGAGAGAGCAAAAAUCUCUGUGUUGUCUGGGAGGGAGGGACAAAUUGCUCCCUCUCCCCUGUCGAUACUAGCCAAUCAUAUGCUCUCUGUGAGCUUAUGUAUGAUGUUCAGGUCUUACCCAGUAGUUCAUAGAGACAUCAUUGGCUGAAUUCACGUGUGGGAGUGGUAGCUUAGUGAUUAAGGCUAAUGAUUGGAAGGCUAUAAGUUUGAAUCCCAGCUGCCGUUGUUUGGCCCCUAAGGCCCAGCAAAACCCUUAACCCUCAAUUGUAACAAAAAAAUGAAGUCACUGUGGAUAAGGGUGUCUGCCAAAUUGCUGUAAAUGUAUGGUGAAGGAAGUAUGUGUUAGAUUGCACCCUUCUUGCUUGCUAGCCGUCAUAUAUAGCAACAGGGACCAAUUUUAGAAGAAAAUAGGAGAAGCCCGGUGUGAGCCAUAUUAUACUGUAAGCAGCUAAUUCACUUUUGUCCGAUCUAAGAGACCGUCAUCUCGUUCAUCAUCGCAGAUAAAGUAAGGCAAAAAGUAAAGUGCACAUCUCGGGGUAAAGUCUUUCACGGCACGCGUCCUUUCCCCUUCAGUGAAUUGACCUUUUUCCCCUUCCGAGAAUUUUAUUCUGCCCGCCGCUUUAUCUGAGAAAGCAGGAAAGCAUAGUUUUCAAGCGGCUCCCAUAUCACCAGAGGAAGAGGUCAAAAAUCAUAAAUGCUACAGCUACGCCGCACACGUUGGCACCUCUGGACAUGCUUCAGACUACAAAACAGCUCUGUUUGAUUCCUCACAUGAUGGCACCAGGUCUCAGUGCUGGAGAAACCGGUUCCUGAGAGUGGUUCCAUUAAAAUGUGCACCCCUUAAACGGAUAUACAGUAACGCAUUCAGAUUCAGUCUGUACAAUCUGAGCCAUUUGACACGUGUGUGUGUGUGUGUGUGUGUGCCUCCUACCAGCUUAAAACAUUUUUCUUUUCAUCAUUAACAUUUUAUCCUCGUUUUUGUGUUCAUGUAUUACUCUGGAGGCCUUUUUUUAUAUUUUUUAUCCUUUCUUUUUACCCCCAUUUUUCCCCCCUCACGUAUUUUGUUCACGUCUAUGGUCCGGGAUAUUACGAGUGAGUAGUAUAGAAUAUAUGAAGUAAACAUAGAGCAGUAUUUGGAGAAGUUGGCAUACUUUAUACACAUUGGCAUUCUCAUGGUUGCGCAUUAUUUUAUUGGUGGUGGAGUUAUUAUGGGAUGUGGAGAAUGUUGGUUUUUUUUUGGUUGUAUAAAAAAUAUAUGGCUGAGUUUAUUUAACAGGAUUUUAAAACUGGAAAAUAUCGUGGCGAUUUAGAAAUGGUAAUAUAUUCUGAUAUAUUUAUGUGCGUCUCUGACCUUGCUUUGUUUGUUUGUACAGUGUUUUCUGGGUUUAUUUGAACGUACCAUGCUUUUGAUCUCACUCACCUGCAUGGAUGAGGAACUGAAGAGCAGACGGGAAAUGUGUGUUAAAAUGUUUCAGACGUCUCACGGGGGUGGACAAUCACAUGACAGGCAGAUUAAAUAUCCAGUAGGUUCAACCAGAAAACGAACAAAAAAAGAAAACAGCAAUGGUGGUGUGAUGCACCUUGUUGCUAUAGCGAUUGCUACCCCUUCUACAUCCCACCACUCGCUGCGCUACACACGCUGGUCGAGGUGCGAUGUGGUGGACUGGACGAUGGGUUUUACAUCACAGAUUAAUUCACAUGUACAGAUCGUCUCAGAAUCAGGAAAGUCACAUUGUAGCUAGAGAUAUCAAGAGAAAUAAAGACGCUGGGCAGACAACUCACCGACUCAAACAAACUCCUUUCAAACUCAAACUCCUUUCAGUCGGUAUUAAUGCACUUCUCUAGCUAGCAAGCUCAGAAUAGGCUCAACUGUUAGCUACAACCUUUUGUUUAGGGUUUGUUUGCUAUCGCUUCUUUUGUUUUGUGUUAAUUAUUACUUUUGUUUGUUAGCUACCACAUUGUUCAUGUUUAGCCAUUACUUUUAUUUUUGCUACCACAUUUAUUUGUUUUACUACUUUGUUCUUUGUUAGCUACCACCUUUUGUUUAUGUUUGGUUAGCUGUUGAUGUUUUAUGUUAACUAGUGCUUUUGUUUUUGUUGGCUGCCACUUAUGUUUGAAAUCAGACACCAUUUUGUUUAUGUUACCUAUCGCUUUUGUUGAUGUUUUAGGUUAGGUACGACUUUUUUGUUUCUUACCUGCCAUUUUGUUUGGUUUAUUUUAUAUUCUGUUUAUGUUUUAUGACAGCUGUUAUUUUUGUUUGUUUUCCACCACCUUUUGUUUGUUUUUAUGUUAGCUACUAGGUUUGUUUGUUAGCUACCACGUUUGUUUAUGUUUUAUGUUAGUUAGCACUUUGUUUGUUUGUUAGACACCACUUUUUGUUUGUUUUCCUUCCUGCCUUUUUUUUUGUUUGGCUUUUUUAUAUACCAUUUUUUAUGUUUUGUGUUAACUAUGAUUUUUGUUUGUUUUCCACCAACUUUUGUUUACGUUUUAUGUAGAGUAGCACUUUUGUUUAUUCGCUUUCCUUCCACCUUUGUUUGUUUUCUUUCCUUCCACUUUUGUUUGGUUUAUUUUAUAUAUCAUUUUUUAUGUUUCAUGUUAACUAUGUUUUUUGUUUGUUUUCCACCACCUUUUGUUUAUGUUUUAUGUUAGGUACCCCUUUUGUUUGUUUACUUUCCUGACACUUUUGUUUGUUUUCUUACCUGCCACUUUUGUUUAGUUAACUUUAUAUACCAUUUGUUUAUGUUUUAUGUUAACUACUAUUUUUAUUUGUGUUCCACCACCUUUUGCUUAUGCUGGUGACUAUUUUUGUUUGUUCGCUACCACUUGAGUUUAUGUUUUAUGUUAGCUAUCGUGUUUAUUUGAUUUAUGUUAACUAAUAUUUUUGUUUGUUAGACAACACAUUAUGUUUCUUUCAUGUUUUAUGUUAUCUGCCAUGUUUGCUUAUGUUAACUGCCAUAUUUGGUUAUGUUUUAUGCUAGCUACUAUGUUUGGUUAUGUUUCAUGGCAGCCAAAACAUGCAGCACAUCAGAGCGUUUACCUGCUCGGUGCAUAACGUUAUAGUUGUGUUAUGUCCACCCCUGUUUUAUCUGCCAACACUGAGGAAUAUUUCACGAUGAAGCCCGGCAUUGUCUGCAUGUCUACAUUACAGAAAGGACGGUGAUGUAAGAGAGCCUUGUUUUUGUUGUUAUAUAUAUCUCAUGUUUUGUAAAUGAACAGAAUCAAAGAAAAGCGAGAAAUUAGAGAUAUGUCUGUGCUGACAAGUCUGCCACAAAGCACCAAAUGUACAUGGUAGAGAAAUAAAGCAUUGUAAAAAUGAACCAAACUGUAGGUCAUAGGUUCCCGGUGUAACUGUAUGUCAUUUUGUAAUAUUAAUGAUUCUGUCUCAGGUCUGUGUGCAAAUUCAGUUUAUUAUUAUUAUUAUAAUUAUUCUUAUUCUUAUUAUUAUUGCAUCUCAGGUAGAGUGCAAGAUUUAGGCCCCACAGUAGAAAAAAAUAACACGUUAGAAUCUAUAAAACAUUUCCUCACAGAGAUUCACACAUCCCUCCCGAGUUAUGGUAUUUUCUGCUCGAUCCGUUGCAUUAAAAUACCCAACACCCAGUGCACUGUUUUAAAUGUGGAUAUUACUUUGUAUAGCUGGAUCAUCAUCAUACAUAAUAGCCGGCUUGUGAAAAUGUGAUCUAAAAGUGAAGUUCGGGAUUAGAAUUCAGCAGAUUAGAUCACCUACUCUAUCACCCAGUGCAAGUUGUUCAUUGUUCAGAUGGGUUUUUAUGUCCAGAAUUUUGUCACAUCUCUGUAGUUUGUGUUUUUCGGUGUAAUGGGAGAUAUCUACAUGUUUCCAUCUCCAGUUUGUAUUUGAUCAUAAAAGUACAUUUUUAAACAAAUGGAGCAGUACUUGUCUUAAUAAAAAAUAGAUAUAUUCAUGUUGA